AUGAAAAGUUUAAAUACAGAUGAGGUCGAGAGAUUUAAAAUCACUUGGAGUGAACAGACUGGAGGAGGUUAUUUCAGUCAGUCAGUGACACAGAGCCCAGUCGCAAUUAAUAAGAAGGAGUGUCAGUCUCUCACCAUCAACUGUGUUUUUAAAUAUCGUUAUUCUUAUCAAUAUUUUGAGAGUGGACAUUUCUUCAGACAAACGCGGCCAGCUGCGGAAUGGGAGCGGAUCUCCGGUGGCGGGAGAUUCGUUGUGUCCACAGAUAAAGCACAAAAGACAUUUUCAUUGGAAAUUCGGGAUGUCAGAGUUGAAGACACCGCCACCUAUUACUGCAAAGCUCUGGGAUGGCACACACAGAGACUUAAUGGAGCAUUGCUGUGUUAUUAUGACGAUGUAGAUGGAUCCGGAACGGCGGUGACUGUCACAGCUGGUUUCGGUUCCCUGGUGUCCCGGGGUCCACCACUCCAAACCUCUGCUGCUGGUGACACCGUUACAUUAAGCUGUGAAUACUCAGGGAUCUGUCAGUACACAGUUUACUGGUACUGUCAGUCGCCAGGCCAACCUCCAAAAUAUAUGCUUCAAAGACACACCUCAGGAGAGCAGAAUAAAGAAAAUGUUGCAGGCGGAAGAAUCUCUGCUUCUCUUGAUGCUACGUCGAAAAUCAGUUGGUUAGUGAUCUCGCAAACACAACUAAGUGACUCCGCUGUGUAUUACUGUGCACUGAGUCGGCUCACAGCCCGCACAGUGAUACACAGUACGGAGAGAGCUGGACAAAAACCUGAACAUGCUGGGAAUGACAGACAGAGUGCCACAGAUCUCGGAGACAGCUCUAAAAUACCUGAAUGUGGAGUGAUUACAGACACAAUGAUACACAGCACGGAGAAAGAUUUCAAAUAA